GAGGGGGAAGGCAAAGGCGACCCCUCCCAGGAACUUGGAGUCGGGCGGGUUCCUGGCAGAUUUUCGUUUUGGGUUUUUCUGUGUUUGUGUUCAUUGCUGUUUUUUCGUUUUGUUUGUGGGGUAGGGCUUGCGGGAUCCAAGUGGGAAGUUUAUCCAGUUCCCUCCGACCUGGGGCUGGCGCGCAUGGUGGAGGCCAGGCGGCGAGAGCCCCUCACCCGUCCGCGCUUGCUUUCCGCAGACGCGCCGCGCGCCGCGGCCGGGAUGGCUCUGCGGCCGCCAGGCGAGGCCGGAUCCCAGGACAAGGUGUGCUACCCGCCCGAGAGGCUCCAGAGCAGCCCCCCUCGUCUGGCCGCCUACUACACGCCGUACCUGCCCUUUGGCCACUACGGGAACAGCCUCGCCGCUGCGGAGGAGAACUUCCAACCUUUCCGGCAGCUGGAGGCCGCCGUGUCUGCAUCCCAGGCGGUGCCCCCCUUCGCCUUCCGGCCGGCUCCUCCCUUGCUGAGCCCCGGCCUGGCCCUCCAGAGGGAGCCGCUCUACGAUCUGCCCUGGUACAGCAAGCUGCCGCCGUGGUACCCCAUUCCCCACCUCCCCAGGGAGGGGCCCCCUUUUCUGAACAGCAGCCGCGAGUGUACGGGCGCCGCCAGGGAAGGCUUGGGCCACCUUGGUGGCCGCAGCGACAGUGACCAGUGUUGUGGACCUGAAAUUCUAAUUCCACCGCCCCCUGUGGACGCUUCCUUGUUCCCGGAGAGGCUGAAGACCUCCCAGUUAUUAUCUUGCUCCUCCACCAAGCGGUCUGAGGAUGGCCCCAAACUCCUGAGCCAGGAGAAGAAGUCGCCUCGGCCUUACCACUUCACCCAGGAGGACCUGUACUUAGUUCUGUACGGAGUCAUCCCCAGCCUGGAGCCCUCAGCGCGCCUGCACCAUGCGAUUUCGGGCCUCCUGGUCCCCACAGACAGCUCGGGGUCUGAUUCUCUUCCUCAAAGUCUGGAUAAACACUCCCUUCGUCUACCAGAAGGUAGGCGGGGCACCUUGCUUGCAUUUCUUUCCUCAAACAGACGUGGUCAUUUUCCUCAGUGGCUUUCCCGCUUCGGGUUUCCUCUAGGUCUCUGCCUCAGGCAGACUGUGUUUGGCGAAGUUCCACAUUUUGGUGUGUUCUGCAGUAGCCACAUUGCCAAAGGAGCCAGAUUUGGGCCCUUUCAAGGUAAAGUGGUCAACGCCAGUGAAGUCAAGACCUAUGGAGACAAUUCUCUGAUGUGGGAGAUCUUUGAAGAUGGUCAUUUGAGCCACUUUAUAGAUGGGAAAGGAAGUGCGGGCAACUGGAUGUCCUACGUCAACUGUGCGCGGUUCCCCAAGGAGCAGAACCUGGUGGCGGUGCAAUGCCAAGGGCAGAUCUUCUAUGAGAGCUGCAAGGAGAUCCACCAGAACCAGGAGCUCCUUGUGUGGUAUGGAGACUGCUAUGAAAAGUUCCUGGACAUUCCCGUGAGCCUUCAGGUCACAGAGAAGGGGAAGCAGGCCUCCGAGCCCUCGGAGGAGUCUGCAGAAGGUUACAGAUGUGAAAGAUGUGGAAAAGUAUUUACCUACAAAUAUUACAGAGAUAAGCAUCUCAAGUACACCGCCUGUGUGGACAAGGGUGACAGGAAAUUUCCUUGCUCUCUCUGCAAAAGAUCCUUUGAGAAGCGGGACCGGCUGCGGAUCCAUAUCCUUCAUGUCCAUGAGAAGCACAGGCCUCACAAGUGUUCCACGUGUGGGAAAUGUUUCUCUCAGUCUUCUAGCCUAAACAAGCACAUGAGAGUCCACUCCGGAGACAGACCCUACCACUGUGUGUAUUGUACAAAGAAGUUCACUGCCUCCAGCAUACUCCGCACACACAUCAGGCAGCACUCGGGGGAGAAGCCCUUCAAGUGCAAGUUCUGUGGCAAAUCUUUUGCGUCCCACGCUGCCCAUGACAGCCACGUCCGCCGUUCACACAAGGACGAUGAGGGUUGUUCCUGUAGCGUCUGUGGGAAAACCUUCCCAGAUCAAGAAGGCUGCUACUCCCACAUGAAGUUUCAUGAAGACCACUAGACCCCCGAGAAUUAAGGACUUGGAUUCUGUCUUUAUGUUUCUUGUUUAUGAGUGUGUUGAAUGAACAAAUGAUAGUUACACUGAGAUGAGACACAGAAAAAUGGAACUGACCAAUUAGCUGAAUUAACCGGAUUUAUUGACUGAUUUUAACAGCUUUCACAGAAAUGAUUUCCACAAUUCCUAACAAGAAUGGAAUUUUAGUGAAUUUACCUAAAAAUAGUGAAAGCUGGCCGUUAAUAGUGCUUACGGGUCUGGAAACUUAACAUCAACCGUUCAAGGGGACUAUAGUUCAUUUUUGGGACUGGGAGUGGAGUCCUUAAUUUCGUGAUGAAAAAGAAGGAGGCCUUUCCUCUGUUUGCCGUGGACCCCUAAUUGUAAUGUGUCUGUGGCCAUCACCUGUUAUAUUUCUUCAUAGAAUAAAUUCUUUAAAAAUGUGUUCAAACCGGAAUAAAUUCUUUAAAAAUGUGUUCAAA